CAGCAUACUUGGAGCAUAUGGUGGGGGUUGGAGGGGAUGAUUUAGAAAAAACAGACUUACAGUGGCGAGAGACCGUUUCCUUCCAAGUCAUCCCCUCCAGACCUCCACCACGCGCCCCAAGUAUGUUGUUCCGUCUGAAAUCUGGCAGAUCGGAUCUCAGAAAAAGGCACUGCAUCGCGAAUUUAGUCGUUUGCGAACCGCCGCGCCGUAUGAAUCGGGCUGGUGUCGCCACCUGACGUGCGAACGAGUACGCCGAAUGGAAACGCGGUGAACGAGGGCGACCGAACAGUCCGGACUGCUCCUGACCUGACGUUAGUCAUCCGGAGGAGACGAGGUUCUCUUCUUCGCUCGCGCGUGAAUCCCGUACGCGUCAUACGCGAUUGUCCGCGCGCGUCUUCCUGUCAUUCUUCGGGCGUCAGCACUGUCAGCAGGCCAAAGCCAUUCGGUGAAUUCAACGCGAUUUCGUCAACAUUUCCCAGCGCUACCACUGGGUGGGAAGCGGAGGAAGCGCCACUCGCAAACCGCUACGCAAACGGUCAUCUGUCCGGGGUUGAAACGUUGACGACGGAAUACGCGUAUACUCCGCGCGCAAACGAAGAGGCGGCCUGGGUGGCCGCGGUGCGACGUGAUCCAGGUCGGAGUAUGUGAAAAUGGAUUUUAAGAGCGUGGUGUACAACGCUGCGAGGGACGGCAAGCUCAAGCGUCUCAAGGUGUUCCUGGAGCAUCGGGGUAAGGAUGAGGUAGGACAACUAGUCGGUGCCAAAACCCAUGGCGCAACACCCUUAGUCAUGGCAUGUCGGAACGGACAUUACGAUGUGGCGGAAUACCUCAUCGAAAAAUGUGGGGCCGACGUGGAGCAGCCUGGAUCAGUGGUCUUUGAGGGUGAAACAAUCGAGGGUGCACCACCCCUAUGGUGCGCGGCUGCCGCUGGCCACUUGUCCCUAGUGAAGCUACUUGUGAGACGAGGGGCCAAGGUGAAUUCAAUCACAAAGACUAAUUCUACACCUCUCCGUGCUGCAUGUUUCGACGGGCAUUAUGAUAUCGUCAAAUUCUUAGUGCAACAUGGUGCAGAUAUCGAGAUGGCGAAUCGACACGGGCACACAUGCCUAAUGAUCGCCUGCUACCGAGGUCACGUUAAAAUAGCGAAGUUCCUACUCGCCCUGAAAGCAGACGCGAAUCGCAAGUCCGUGAAGGGUAAUACAGCGUUACACGACUGCGCCGAAAGUGGAUCCUUGGAGAUAUUGAAAAUCCUUGUCGAGCAUGGGGCCCAGAUGGACGUAGACUCUUAUGGGAUGACACCACUCCUCGCGGCAGCAGUAACAGGUCACACGCACAUCGUCGAGUAUCUCAUAGGCAUUCCCCAACUGUUCAGCAGGAAAGAACGUAUCGACGCGCUGGAGUUGCUUGGAGCUACGUACGUGGAUAAAAAGAGGGACAUGAUUGGCGCCCUGCAGUUGUGGAAACGUGCCAUGAACGAGCGAUAUCGAGGAGACGGACCAGUGAUAGCAAAACCUGAAUCUCCACCGCUUGUAGCCGCUUACGAAUACGCCCGAGAGGUAAUUGAACCCGAAGCUUUGGACGAUUUGUUAGCAGAUCCAGAUGAAAUGCGUAUGCAGGCACUGGUGAUUAGAGAACGAAUAUUAGGACCGGCUCAUCCAGACACUAGUUAUUAUAUUAGAUACCGCGGAGCUGUCUAUGCGGACGCGGGUAAAUUCCGUCGCUGCAUCGAAUUGUGGAAUUACGCUCUCGAUAUGCAGCAGAGCAUGCUGGAACCACUAAAUCCUAUGACACAAAGCUCUCUAUUCAGUUUCACCGAACUCUUCAGCUUCAUGGUGGGCGAGGAAGGUAGACAGACGACAAGGGGUCGUAGAGUACCGCCAGUAAAGAGGGAAGAUCUGCUGAGAGUUUUCGAGAAAGCUAUUAACGAAGUAGCGAAAGGAAAGCAAAUGCUGGACAAGAUGGGCGAUCUGACAUGCGAGCGUGAUUUUACAUUCUUGAACAGAGUUCUUGUUAUCACUCUGCACUUGGCGUGCCUAUUAACGCGCGAGACCGGAAAAAAGGAUAGCGAAGAAUACAAUGCCUUUCACAAAGAACUCUACAAGUUAAUCCGAAUAAAUGCCAAAGGCAGACACAGCCGUGACGCGCUGCAUUUAGUUCAUAGCGAAGACGGUGCACUGGUUGGCAGGUAUCCCACAUGCAAGUUCCCAUCUCCUCAUUUGACUAAAGCUUUGCUGAGAGUGGGCGCAAAUGUGGCUGCCAAGGACAACGACGGCAACACGGCUCUGCACCUUACCGCGCUAUUACAGCCUUGGCGACCGAGUAUGUCGAUCGAUCUGCUCGACGCCGGCGCGCAUCUCGACGCGAUAAACAACGACGGCAAGACGUUCCAGAUGCUAUUGCCUAAUAAGGAGCUUUACGAUUCGAUUUGUCCUCUGAAAUACACCACUCUCGCCUGUCUGGCCGCGCGAGUGGUCAAAAAGACGCAAAACAUCAGCAGAGUGCCCGCACACCUCCGCACUUUCGUUGAGAUGCACUAGUUGCGAUGAGACACCACCAGUGAAAUACCAUGGCAAACACUUUAUUCUAAUCGAGAAAAUGUGACGAUUAUGGAAAACAAUGGUGAUAAUUCGGGCGUUAACUUGAAUUCAUAAUUCAUUCAUUCUAGCAUCUCGAUAUUCUCUUUGGAUGUCUUCCAAUAAGAGACACACACAUGACACGGUGUAACACGGAGCAUCCUUGUUGUUUGCCAAUGUUAAACAAGGACGAAAUAAUCUUUGUGUUGUACUGAAUCACUUGUUGGAAGAUACCCCUUAUCAUGGGCGUAUUGAAGAAGAGGGUUUGAGGGUUCAAACUCCUCCUGAAAUUUUUUUAUUAAUCAUUUGAUUUUGAGAGAGUCCCAUUAGCGCAUAUCCUACUCGUUAUAAAACCAUAUAAGUAAUUUUUAAUACUUCUGCUAGUUGGAGAAAAUAUUGCUUCGACAAAAAAUGCGAUACAUAGAAAAUUUUCGUAAGGUUUUUGUUAUGAAAAACAGAAUAUACGCUAUAAUUGACACAUUUUUGUAAUAACUGUAUUAUUCUUCUUAAAAAAAAGUCUUUAAAAAAUAAGUAAGUUACAUGCUGUACAAAACGUAACAUUGUUCCUCUUCAAAAUGAGGUACGAGGAGACAUUAAAAGUUGUAAAAAUAUCCAAAUAAAAUUCAUUAAUGUUAAGAAUUGUAAAUUACAGCAACCAAAUUAGUGCAGUGACGUUCUUUUCAGUACAAUAUAGCAAAAUACUUUUUUUUUGGUUGUCAUUUCGAUUAGUGCAAGGAACAUCCCUGAGUUGAUUGAACCUUCCUCCCCCUGCGAAAAAAAUUUCACGAUAUGCCCAUGCCCCUUAUUAUACAGGAUUUCAAAAUCGUUCUGAUUUCUAGUUGUUUUUUUAAAUAAGGGCGAUUUUGAGAUAUCUUGUAUAUAAUCUAUAGAACAGAGAUAUAAAGAUUGUCCCCGAGAAGCACAAAUCUUCUGACUGAUGAUAUAAUACGAAGCACACGUGAUCCCAAGAAGAUUUUUUGACAGCUUCUCUCGUAACAUACAUAAAACAUGUUUCGCAAUAAGAUUUUCGCAAACAAAAAAUACUUUUUUAUUUCAGUUGACAACUUUCUUUUUAUGCUUCGUAAUUAAUUUAUUGAAAGAAAACUCCAAA